AUGGGCCGCUGCCAGGCCUGGCUGCUGCUGGCGCUGCUGGCCGGGCGCUGGGCGCGCCGGGGCCGGGCCGGGCAGUGCCAGGACGGGGAGACGCUGAGGGACGUGUGGGGACACGGCCCCAAGUGCUGCCCCAGGUGCACCUGGAGGGAAGAAAAUUACUCCCCCUGCACGGUGGCGCAGGACCACGACUGCAAAUGUCCCCAGGGCUUCGGCUGCUCCGACAAGCCCUGCCAGUUCUGCAGGAAACUGCCCCAGUGUGAGCCGGGAGAGCAGCUGGAGAGAACGGGAGCAGUGAAUUUCCACUUUGAGUGCAAACCCUGCAGGAACGGGACCUACUCCAGCAGCAGGAACGGCUGGUGCCGCAACUGGACUGACUGUGAGAGCAGCGGGUUCAUCACCCUCCGGGCAGGGAACAGCACCCACAACUCCGUGUGCAGUUUACCCGUGAGAGCUCUGGAGCCAGCUGGGGUUCCCCUGGGAUUCCCGUCCAGCACCGUCCUGGCCAUCCUGACGGCCGUGGCCGUGUUCCUGCUCGUCCUGCUCACCUUCCUGCUGCACUUCUGCCUCUGGAGCCUCCGCAGCAACAGAAAAUUCCUACCUGGAGAUUUGGGACAGAACUUCCCGCGGCCGCUGCCGUCGCUCCCGCUCCAAGGGGAGGAAUCCUACAGCAUCCAAUUCCCAGAGGAAGAGCACGGGGACAAAACGGCCGAGGAGAAACAUUCCAGCCUCUCCCUCAAAGUCUACAGCGAACUCAGAUAACGGGAUCCUGCCCUGGGAUCACCGGGAAUUUGGGCUUCCCAAAAAAAAAAAAAUAUUAAUAAAUAAAUGGGAAUGGGAUGGGAAAAGGAGGGGAUUUAGGGUGAGGUUUUCCCUCAAAAAAACCUGGAAUUUAGGGAUAAAAUCCUGUUGGCUCGGGGUGGUGUUUGUUCAGGAGGAUGGCAGCAGGGAUUUCUCAGGAUAUCCUGAAUUCCAGGAUUGGGAAUAUCGACCACAGCAGGGAUUUCUCAGGAUAUCCUGAAUUCCAGGAUUGGGAAUAUCGACCACAGCAGGGAUUUCUCAGGAUAUCCUGAAUUCCAGGAUUGGGAAUAUCGACCACAGCAGGGAUUUCUCAGGAUAUCCUGAAUUCCAGGAUUGGGAAUAGUGGCCACAUCUCCUGCUUUUCCCUCAGAAUUCCCAACCCCAUUACACCUUCACCCAGUCCCAUUCCCACUCUGACCCCAAAAAUUCCCUCCGCUGCUGCCAGGGAUUUUCCUGUGAAGGUUCUUCCAAGGAAAAUCAGGAAAAAAAAAAAAAAAACCCAACAAACCAAAAAGGGAGUGAAGUUCAUCCAUGGAAUGGUCAAAGCUCCAGAAAAAUUGAGGGAAUGGGAAAAAGAAAAAAAAAAAAUCCUGGAAAACGCUCUCAGGUGGGAUUUUAGGAUUUCUGAUCCCUUCCUGCUUUGGAUAUUCCAAAUUUUAUUCUGUAAUUCCAGCAGGCUUUGGAAGUUUUUUGGGCUGACCCCUUGUGGAGAUGCCGAUGCCCACAUCUGUAUGGAUAAUUAUGGGUAAUUAAUUAUGGAUCAUCCAGGACGAGUUGGGUUUUUUGGUUUUUUUUUUUUUUUUCCCCCAUAUUUCUGCCAAUAUAAAAGUGCCUGAAAUCCCCCCAGUGAAUUCCAGCUGUGAAACUCCAGGAAUUUUUCCAAAAAGGGAAUUUUUCCCGGGAUUUUUUGCCCCGCUGAAAUCACCCAAAAUUUCCAAAGUUAAUAUGAAAAUUCAUUGAUUCAUCUGAUUAAAAUGAGAAUUUUUUUCCUCACAUUUCCACCACGACAAAAGUUUCCAAAAUCCCUAAAAUUCAUAGGAAAAUUAAUUUAUUUUUUUUUCUUUUUUACAAAAUCAAGCGAUUUUUUUUUUUUUUUUUUCCCCGCAUUUCUGCCACGAGAAACGUGCCUGAAAUCCCCCCAGUGAAUUCCAGCUGCGAAACUCCAGGAAUUUUUCCAAAAAGGGAAUUUUUUCUGAGAUUUUUUUGCCCCGCUGAGGUCGUGCCCGUGCGAUUGAUGGCAUUACCAGACAGUAUUAGACAGAAAUAUCCAGAUCUAACUUUGCCUGGUAAGACAGCAAUCAGCAGGCUCCCAAAAAAAAAAAAAAAAAAAAAAACCCAAAAAAACCCAAAAAAAACCCCAAAACAAACAAAAAAAAAUUCCCUUUUUAAAAAUUAUUAUUUUUUUCCACAUCCAGCAUCGAAAAAUUAUUCCAAGGAAAAGGCUCAGUAAUUCCCAGGAAAUCUUGAACUCGUCCCGCUUGCUUUGAGGCAGGGAAAUGAUGGAAAUUCUGAUUUUCUUUAUUUUAUUUUUUUUUUUUUUUUUUUUCCCUGCUUGGAAAUGUUUUCCAGGACUUACCGUGCGUGGAAUUCCUCUGGAGCAGCUCCCAGAAAAUCUGGGAUGCUCCUCGUCCAUCAAUUCCCUUCACUGAGGCAGAAUUUUGUAGGAUUGGGCCCCAAAAACUCCUAAACCACCCCAAAAUCAGCGCUGCUGAUGCCGUGGGUUUAAGGAAAGGGGGAAAUCGGAUGGAAAAAGGAGGGAAUUGAAGGAAAAGGGAAUUUUUCCAGAUUUUUUUCCUGGCUCUGGGAUGGGUUUUUCCCUCAGCACCACCAGUGGGAUUUUCCUGUCUCCAUUGGAUUUUUUUUUUUUUUUCCAGGAUCACAUUCCCAUUGGAAUUCUCUCUCUCUUUUUUUUUUUUUUAAAUCAGGAUUUAUUUCCUCAAUUCCAAUUUUAAAUUGGGGGGAUGGGCCUUAAUCCCACGGAUUUAUGACCUCGUUAAAAUUCCAAUUUCCAGAAUUCCUGCCCCAUUUCCUCCAGGGCCUCCCGGAGCAGUUACUCAUUAACACCGUGCCUUAAUUAAUCAUCCCUUUGCUUCCUCCUUUCCUGCUUUUCCUGGGAAUUUCAACCUCCAAGGGCAAACCCAGCUCCUUCCGUGGAUUUGGGGCAGCUCCUUCCAAGCUCCCCACGCGGAAACGGGAAUCAUUU